UGUCCCUGUGUCUACAAAAAAAAUACUUGACAAGUUGUGAAAGAAAGUUAUCUUCACAGUAGAGCACAGAUUUUUGUCUCCUGAUUUUGGACGAGUGACAGUAAGAUAUGUAGCUAAUACCAAAUAUGAGGUACUAGUCCAAAAUACAGACGACACUAACGCGAAGAAAUUGUUUGUAACGUGCUAUUAUCAAAUCCGUGACCUGUGAAAAGGAGAGGAUGUAAUGCUGGACGAAAAUAAAAGCAUUGAGGAGGAACGGUCCCCUGGAGAGAGAGGCUUGCUCCACCUCUGGAGAGGCUGCAGUGGGAAUGUAAGCCCAGAGUGUCCGCUCCUGUCUCGCCCUGUCCUGCAGGUUUCCCUGGGGGCCUGUCAUGGACUUCUGUUGGCCGAGGGUGGGCUGGUGUACAGCUGGGGUGACCUGUCCUGGAGGCAGGGGCUGAGGGUCCCCCCAGCAGCACCCCUACACGAGGACACCCUGACAGGCCAGUGGGUCGUGUCGGUGGCUGCCGGGAGCUUCCAUAGUGGGGCAGUCACAGAGGAAGGGGCGGUCUACAUGUGGGGGGAGAAUAACUAUGGCCAGUGUGGCGUGUCGGAGAGGGGCCUGCUUCCAGAGCCGACCCUCGUCAGCGUGCUGGACUCGGACAGCGUCCCGCCUCAGGUGGUCAGAGUAACGGAGCUGUCCUGUGGAGAGCAGCACACUCUGGCGCUGUCUGUUCAGCGUGAGGUGUGGGCUUGGGGAAGUGGCUGCCAGCUGGGUCUUGUCUCCAAGACCUUCCCUGUCUUGAGGCCCCAGAAGGUGGAGCACCUGUCAGGGAGGCAUGUGAUACAGCUGGCCUGUGGGGCGUUCCACAGCCUGGCCCUGGUUCGAAGUCUACCUUCCCAGGACUACGUUACCCAGAAGUCCUCGGACAAGUGUGGACAGUGUAAGCAGCUGCUGAACUCCCAUACUGACUAUGAGGACCACAGCAUCAUCUCUGACAGCCACUACUGCCCGCUGGGGGUGGAACUGGAAUCAGGCCGGUGGUCAAGACAGUCGACCCCAAAAGAGAGACUUGCGGCCUGCCGUCUCCCUCAUAGCGACAGCCAAUACCCUGAAUCAGUCCCAGGCCAAGCCCAGGGCCGAGUACAGGCUUUGGUUCAAAAUACACAUUUAGGUUGCCCCGACUCUGACUCUGACUCAGACUCUGCUCAGUUCUCGUUGUCUGUUUCGCCAUACCUUCUUGAAGAGGCCUCUCAGUCCCCUUCCACAGAGUCUAACAGAGAUUCCACACCAGAGCCCCCUCCACAGGAAGAUGGCAGCCCUGGAGCUCAGACAGACACCACAGAUUCCCCUCCUCAGAGAACCAAACUCUUUUCUGAUGAUUACGAGCUCAAAGGCUUCUGUAGUAGACUCUCCGAUCCCUUAUUGGCUGAGCUGACUGACUGCACUACUGGAGAGGCACUCUUUGAUGGACGCCUUUCUUCAAGUUAUGAGGAGCCCUCUCCUGUAAGGACCCCCUCCAGCCUGUAUGGAUCUGCCCAGGGUCCAGGGAGUGUGUCUGGGGGGUGGCAGGGCAGGAACAAGGCUCAAGGUGGGCGUCGGUGUGUGGAGGAGAGCUUUCAGGGCAAGAAGAGCGCCAGUCUGGCUGACAUACUGCUGGAGGAUGCUACAGCAGCCAAUAGGAGGAGAUCUCUCCCAGGAGCAUUCUCUCAUGCAUCGCCAGUUCUGCCCAGAGGGAAGUGCCGAAGGGGCAGGGGGAACGGGCCGGCGCCUGGUGUGGACAAGGCUGAAGAGCAGCUGCCCUCCCUGGCCAACGAGGUGUGGAGCUGGGGCAGGGGCCAGGAGGGUCAGCUGGGCCACGGAGACCACAUGCCCAGGCUCCAGCCCCUGUGUAUAAAGACUCUAAACGAAGAGGAGGUUGUUAGGGUGGCCGCAGGGACAUAUCAUUCUGUGGCCAUCACUGCAAAAUGCCAGGUCUUCAGCUGGGGCAGCAACAUGAGUGGCCAGCUAGGACACAUGAUGAGUCCUACCACUCGCCCUCAACAGGCCAAGAUCUCAGAGGGGAUCCGUGUGUGGGAUGUGGCGGCGGGUCAGAGCCACUCCCUGUUCCUGGCGGACGGCGACUGCAUCCAGCCCGUGCUCUGCUACGGCGGACAGCGGGACUCCCCGAGGUCAGUGCAGGGGUCACCUCCCAGGUCACGGGAGAGGUCGUCCGCCAGAGGAGAGAUGCACACAGUCAGACCGAUCCUGCUGCCCUUCUGCAUGGACAUGGGCUACGUGAGCAGCGUGGGCUGCGGCGGGCAGAGCUGCGCGGCGCUGGCGGACCACAACGUGAUGGGGUUCAUCGGCGGCAUCCACGAGCUGGCCGCCUCGGAAAGGAAGUCCUACUGCAGGCUCGCCGACGUCCACAAACGCGUGCUCUGUCCGCUGCUCAAAAGAGUGUGCUCGACCUUGGGCCCGUGCAGCCAGCUCUUCCAGACUCUGGGGGACAGUUUCAGUCACCUGUGUCAGCUGACAGGACAGCACUCUGUGUCCCUCACUUCCUUCCUGCGUCACGCCCAGAACCGUGACAUCACAGGCCUGCUCCUCCUCCAGCACUCUGCGCUCUUCCUGAAUACUUACAAAGAAUACUGUGGUUCAGUUGGCAACUUCCAGGUAAUGGGAGGCUUCCAGGCCAUCACAAAGCUCUCUGUGGAGUGUUUCGGUAAGAAGCUGGAGUUGCUGAGGCAGCUGUCAGACAGCCCAGAGAAGGUCCUGCUGGGGGAUCUGCUGGUGUCUCUGUGCUACAUGCCUCUGGAGCAGCUCCACCAGUACAGCAGGCUGCUGCUCAAGCUGGCCACCUGCUUCGACGUGAACACGGAAGCCUACCAGCGCCUCCAGGAGGGCUGCUCGGGGUACGAGGACCUGUCCAACAGCCUGCGGAGGAAGAGGAAGGAGGCCGAGAACACCUGCCUCUUCUGGAAGACCUUCUCAGGAAGGACCACGGACUCUCUCCGCCUGCCCCUACGUCGCCUGUUGUGUGAGACCAGCAACAAGUCCCUGACCCUGCAGAACGCCGGCAGGUUCUCCGUCAACUGGUUCAUCCUUUUCAACGACGCCCUAGUCCACGCGCAGGGCACCAUCCCCUCUAAGGGCUUUUUCUCCUCGCACCACGUGUACCCUCUGGCCAUCCUGUGGGUGGAGCCUGUUACCCAGGAAACCAGCAGCCUGUAUGGCAUUAAGGUGACCACACCAGAGGAGAGUUUCACACUGCUAGCUACCUCACCUCAGGAAAAGGCAAAGUGGCUGCGUGCCCUGAACCAGGCUGUGGAACAGCAGGUUGUGAUGGGGGACAGGGUGGGGGUGGGGGGCGUCCCCGCCGUGGCGCGCUCUGCCUCUUACACCUUCACCAGGGAGGGCCGUCUGAAGGACGCCACCUACAGCGGGCGCUGGCUCACUGCCACGCCCCACGGCAGGGGGACUAUGAAGUGGCCAGAUGGGAGAACAUACACAGGAACAUUUAGAAAGGGAUUGGAGGAUGGCUAUGGAGACUGUCUGAUGCCCAACAAGCUGAUGAACAAGCCUGAUCGUUACCUUGGCCAGUGGAAGGAGGGCAGAAUCCAUGGUUUUGGGACCUACAGGUAUGCCUCCGGGGAGGUGUACGAGGGUUCCUUCCACGACACGCUGCGUCAGGGCCACGGCAUGCUGAGCAGCGGCAAGCUGGCUCGCUCCUCCUCCAGCGUGUUCGUCGGCCAAUGGCUGCAGGACAAGAGGACCGGCUACGGUGUCUUUGAUGACAUCACAAAAGGUGAGAAGUACAUGGGCAUGUGGCUGGAAGACCUGCGCCAGGGCAGCGCUGUGGUGGUCACCCAGUUUGGGUUGUACUACGAGGGCACCUUCGGCAACAACAAGAUGACAGGCACCAGCCUCCUGGUGGUCGACGACGAUACUUCAUUCCAGGGAGAGUUCUCCGACGACUGGAUACUCAAUGGGAAGGGCACCUUGUCCAUGCCUAACGGGGAUCAUAUUGAGGGUCAGUUCAGUGGAGAGUGGGCCACGGGACUGAAGAUAGAGGGCAGGUACACUAAGCCCAACCUCUACAUGACAGAGAGGAGAGAGAGGGCCUGUGAGCUUAAAUUGGGUCGCUUGGCAGUGCCUGCUGAUCAGAAGUGGAAGUCCGUGUUUGAGGAGUGUUGGAGAAGGCUGGACUGUGACUCACCGGGCCAAGGGGACACGAAGAGGGCCUGGGAGAAAAUAGCUGUCACACUCACCACAGGUCACAGAAACAGUCCGGAGUUGUUGAGUCGUAGUCAGAGGAUGACCCUGGAGCAGCUGGAGGUCAUCCCUCAGCACGUCGGCCCGGUCACCACCGCCCACUACAACAGCAUCAGGCGCUACCUCUCCAAGGCGUGUGAGACCCCCCUGCACCCUCUGGGCUGCUUGCUGGAGACCCUGGUGACUGCGUACAGGAUGACCUAUGUGGGGGUGGGCUCCAACAGACGGCUGCUGUGCCAGGCCGUGGAGGAGAUCAGGUCCUACCUCACACGCAUCUUCCAGCUCGUCAGGUUCCUGUUCCCAGACCUCCCAGAGGAGGGGACCUUCAUCCCAGAGUGUUCCUCCUCCCCAGCCUCCAGCCAGCCAGGGUGGCUGGGGUCUCCUGUUCCCCUGACAGAGGCUGGCCAGCAGGGCUGUGUGGUGAGCAGCUCCAGCCUGCUGCUGCCCGUGCUUCUGCCCCGCCUCUACCCCCCCCUCUUCACCCUCUACUGCCUCCACCAGGAGAGGCAGGAGGCCGACUACUGGGACUGUGUCAUCCGCCUCAACAAGCAGUCUGACCAGGCCCUGCUCGCCUUCCUUGGGGUGCAGGAGAGGUUCUGGCCGGUGUCUGUCUCUGUGCUGGGGGAGCAGAAACAGGUCCUCUCCAGCACUAGAGACGCUUGCUUCGCCUCUGCUGUGGAGACCCUUCAGCAGCUCAGUACCACAUUCACUCCAUCAGACAAGCUGCUGGUGAUCCACCUAACCUUCAGAGAGCUGAAACAGGAAGUACAAACCCUCCUGGAUGGGAACUUCCUGUUGUCCAUGGACGACCUCCUCCCCCUCUCCCUGUACGUGGUGCUCAGAGCCAGGAUCAGAAACCUGGGGGCCGAGGUGAGCCUGAUUGAGGACCUGAUGGAGCCGUGUUUACAGCACGGAGAGCUGGGCCUCAUGUUCACCACACUCCAGGCUUGCUAUGUCCACAUCCAGCGGGAGAAGACCACAUAAUGAGGGGUAGGAACCAGGGGGGGGGGGGGGGGGGGGUCUCCUGGCAUCAGACUGUGUCUGGGAGGUACAAGCUCUAAUGAUCUCACAACAUUGUACACUGACUACUUACUAUGUCCACAACCACAUGGAGACGUGAACCAAGACAAGGCAGUUGGAUGGUAGAUAUUGAAUGUUUCUGCUCUACCUUGGUGAACCAGGGAGACCUGAGAAGAACCCGAUAGCUCCUGUCUCUAUACUGCCUCUCUCCAUCACAACUCGACUGUUUUGGCCCUCCAUAGGGACCAUCGAUUUAUGACUAAGCUAGAAUUAAGUUCAAUUUCCUCCAGUGGCUUGAUCACUGGUUACAUAAUAGUUAUGUAAAUGUUGAUUUGGGUGUGGCCAGACUCAUUCUAAAGGGAGUUACGACGGAACGUUGAGUUAUCUUAAAGGGAUAGAUCAUGAAAAGCUCAAAACAAUGGAAAAUGUUUACUAUUUAAAACUUUUAUGAACAGAAACAUAUGGGAAGUGUCUACUAUGCUGCAAUUUUAUUUUUUGAAUUGAAUUUAUUUUUUCUAAUGUAUAGACUAACAAUGUUUUUCACUCAUCUUAAAUGACAGUGGAUUGUAACUGCGUGUUAACUACUGUACUAAAGUAUCAAUAGAGGAGAUGGACUGCUUAUAAAUGCUGCCAAUUCAUGUUUUAUAUAUAUAUAUAUAUAUAUAUAUAUAUAUAUAUAUAUAUAUAUAUAAGAAUUUAUAUAUAUGUCAAGCUACUGCGCACAUUUAAAACAGUUUUGCAAUAUUCUUGAAGAUAUUUUCAGAUAUUUGAUUCAAGCAUCCAAUUUGUGUGUGUGCUUGUGUGAGUGCGAUUGCGUGUGUGUGAAUGUGUGCUGCUGGUUGCUUUGUGCGGUGAGUGUGUGUGUGUGAGUGACUUAGAUCAAACUUGACACGGCAAGCAUUUCACCAGGCGUUAUUAGUGUGUGACUGAUAAUCCUGAGCGGUUUAGAGACACGGUUCAUCCAGAGACAGAGUUCCUGAGGGAGGGAUCCUGAUCUGGUCUCUGGUCUGUGGCACCUUUGUCUCCCUGGCAUCCUGACUGUCCAGUCCCGCAACUGUUUCAAUUCAGUCCUUGUUUAGGCAUUAAUGUAUAUUCAUGAAGUGAUGAGGGAUUACCUAUCUAUUUGACUGAUGAUCUGAUUUUUAGUACAAAUGUAGGAUUCCGAAAAUAAAUUAAUCCAUGUGUUUAUAUUGCUUUCAUGGCAGUGUGCUGUUUGAGAUUUCUAAAGCUUGAAGUUAACCGCACCUUUCGAGGAGAUGUUACUGUGUUCCUGCUCAAACUGUUAACUUAUGUCUGUUGUAACUGUAUGAAAACAUGUACCCAGCCAGACUGAGGCCUCAGUCUUUUGUCUUCUGCUCCUGAUUUUUACAGAUUGUCCAUCAUCAUGUGUUGGUCUUAAACCAUGGUGAAUUUCACAGAUGCUUGUACAGUGCACUUGCCUCAAUGAACAGGCACAUUUGAUUGAACACUGAAUAUUAUGUUGUUGUUUUUUUACUCACAGCUGCUUUAUACUGUAACCACUGUUUGAAAGUUAAGAAAUUAUUGAUAAAUUAAUGGGUUGUGUUGGUUGAUUUACUGACAAAUGGAUGAAAUGGUCACUUUCAAAAUAGAAAUAAAAUGAAUGACCAAGACCAGAAACAUCUCCUUG